AUGGCGUCCAGCCGGGUGCUGGAGAGGGAGGUCCAGGACGAGCCGAGGCGCGCUGCGACUGCAAACUCCGACUUCUGCCCCCACAAAUACUCCCUGCUCAUCAUUAUCGGACGGACCGCUCACCUCAGGCAGGCAGGACACAUCACCGGGGAGAUUGAACGCGAAAGCCCUGUCCCCAUGGCAACUCAUCAGCUUGGCUGGCCUGGGGUAAAUGAGGAAGGAAGGAAGGAAAGUGGAGGAGCAGCCGGGGAAUUGUUAAACAUGGGUGGACCCUUUGGACAGAAAACAAUAGAGGCCUGCAACCAAGCCGUGCCACCUCUCGUUCUGCAUGUGUUACAGCCUUUCAGUAUGCAGAGCCAAGGACAACCAGGGAAAAUGGUGUUGGCUCUGCUGUCCAGGGAAUCAGCCCAUAAGCUGUUGGUCUUGGCUGGCCAGAGCGUGGAGGACAGUGGAGACCUGCUGUUUCACAGAGGACUGUUCUCACCACAGCAACUGAAACAAAUACUGACGGAACAGUUCAUAGAUCAAGACAGCUCUGCCUCCAAACUCAGUCUAACUGUCAGCUGUCCCAACAUUGGCCAGUGGAGGAAGACACUCUUGGGAAACCAGCUUCUGCAGGGUCCUUUCAGUCUGCACAUCAAUCCCCCAGAGGUGCUGCCUGCCAUGGAGGCCCUGGGGGAAUUCACCUCCCUCAUCUCUGGUACCCUUUCCCCUCCAUCUCCCUUUGACCUCUUGCCUCCUCCCACCACUAUUGGUUUUCUCAAGCUGUCCCGCCCGUGCUGCUAUGUGUUCCCUGCCGGCCGCGGUGACUGUGCCUUUUUUGCUGUGAACGGGUUCACGGUGCUUGUAGACGGCGGCUCAGACUCUCAGGCGUGUUUCUGGAAGCUGGUCCGCCACCUCGACCGAGUUGAUGCAGUUUUGUUGACGCACAUUGGGACAGAGAACCUGCAUGGGGUCAACACCUUCCUGGAGAGGAAGGUGGCUGAGUUGGAACUGAGGUCUGAUAACAAAGAUGACUCGUCUAAGAGGCUCAUCUCCCCAGAGCUUGGAGUAGUGUUCUUUAACGCCCCCGGCAGGUUGCAGGUGGAAGAACAGCCUUGUAUGGACAAUGUAUUGAAGAGCACACACCAGGCGGCCCUGACCCUACAAUUGUUAAAGAAGUUGGACAUCAGACCACAGCCUUUGUUUCGCCCGCUAGGGGUUCCCAUUGAGCCGUUAACCCUGUUCCAGAAGAUGGGAGUGGGACAGUUGGAUUUAUACAUCCUCAACCCCAGCAAAAACAGUCAGGAGUACCAGACAUUCAUGGAAAACUGGCCCGAUGAAGUGUCAUCAGCACCUAAAUCCCAAACUCUCCCUCUCACCGCCCUGGCCUCAGUGUCCGCCCUGCUUGUGUGGCACCCAGCGUGUCCCCAGGAGAAGGUGGUCAGGGUGCUGUUCCCUGGUCUUACCCCACAGGCAAAGCUGCUGCAGGGGAUGGAGAAGCUGAAGGGGCUGGCCUUCCUCCAGAAACCCACGGUGACCACCGGGGACCUGGAGAGGCUGCAGGAGGAUAGAAAGGCCAAGAGGACAGAGAGCCAGGACAGUGGCAGGUCACAGGGGAAGGAAUCAACAGGCAAACAUGGAAAAGAGAGGGGAGAGGGAAAGGAAAUACUGGUAAGGGAAAAGGGAAAAGUAUUCAAUGGAGUCAGUACAAGAGAUGCCGAUAAAACCAGAAUCAAAGAGACAGGUGCAAAGCAAAAAGGAGCAUCGUCAGAAAAGAAUACUUCAAAGAAAGGAGGGGGGAAGGAUAGGAAAAAGGAUGAGAAGCCUGGCACUAAAGAGGAGAAUAGUGCUAUGAGGAAUGACCAGGGGAAAAAGGAUGUUUUCUCUUCCAAACCAAAGAAUGAAAAUAAAACUAAGCUAAAAAAAGACACAAAAAAUGACUCUAAAACUGGGGUGAAGAAAACAAGAAAACCAUCAGGAAAGGAGGGAAAUAAUGGCAAGAAGGCACAUGUAAACACUGAACUGCCAAAUAACAAUUCAAACAAACCCAACGCUGGGACUGAGUCAGAAGGCCUUGAAAUAGAGCAGCAGAAUCAAAAUCCUGAGAAAGAGUCUCCCUGUGGCUCCAAAAUGUCUACCCCUGAGGAUAUGACGGCUGAUUUUCUCAGGCUGCGGGAGGAAACUGAAAGAGAAGUGGUGCACGUGGAAACAGCAGAUAAAGGAGAGCAGAAAAGCAGUGAGUCAGGCAAUGAAAAGAGCCUUGAAGGUUUGAACAAAGAGACAAGUAAUGAAGCUGCUGAGACAGCUUCAGGGGAAGAAGCAGCAGGUAGCGCAGUGAUAAUGGGAGGAGAAGGUGGGGAUAAUGGAGUCCAAGACAAGGCUUGGUGGACUGGAGAGAAAGCUGGUGUAGACCUGCAGAAAGCACCUGUGGGCCAGCCUGCAAAUGCUGCCAAACCAGUAAAGGUUGUAGGAUUUCCAACUCCCUUGAACAAGGCGCCAAAGAACGAGCCCACAGUCCAGCUAGAUGUAACCCCGACUGAAUACACUCUCCUGGAUGGGGCUUUGAGAAACAGCCCUCCCUCGCGAUCUUCUCCAGAGAACCAGGCCCCUGUCAGCCUUGAUGAGGAGACCAUAGAGCCUGCCUCCCCUGAUUCACGGCCCAACAGUGCAGGCCACACUCCUUACUGUCUGUCCCCAGAUGAUGUGUGGUGCAACAGGGCCACUCUCAGCAGAUUACAAGCCCAGAUGGGUAACUUAGAGUCAGCUGAUGCCAACCAGCCAAAUGGAUCAUCCAAACAAAGUGAGGGGCAGCUAUGCCCGCCCAAAAGCACUCCAGAGAGCCACACAAGAGAGAAGCAACUCAGUUUCCUCUCUUUGGGUACAUUUAAAGAUGGAUCUUCAGACCCUUCUCCCUCUGUCGCUACCACCACUACACACUCCAUGCCAGCAGAAGUGGGCUCACCACAGUCCACAGAAGUAGAUGAAUCACUAUCCAUGUCCUUAGAGCAGGGACCAACCACUGUGAGCCAGAGAGAGGGGGAUGACAGUGUUCAUAACUCCCACUCCAAUGGAGGCCAUUUUGUGGGGAUGUCUUUGCCAAUGAAGAAGCCCCCAAGAUCUCUAGGGCAGGCUUCAGAGAUGGGGCGGCCUCCAGCCCCAAACAUACUUAAUUUUGAGGUGUCAGCUCAUGAUGUGGAUUUAUGUCUGGUUUCACCCUGUGAAUUCAAGCAUUUUAAACCACCUGACUCCAGCUCAGGUGGAAGCGAGCCCUCCAGAGGAACCUUUGCUUCACAUCAUCACGGCAACAACAACCCCAAAGACAUGUCGCCCAGUGAGUCAAACGCCCCCGUCUGCACGGAGGACUGCCCGUCCACCACAGCAGAUGGAGCUCUGGACUCAGACGAGGAUGAGUCGGGUAGUGAGCCGUCUAACUCCCCACACGACCUCCGGACCAGUCAAGCUCUGCCCCAGGAUCCUCUACCAGCCCCUCUCAGGGACAGUCCACCCCUGCCCCCACAUCCCGACGCUUCCAUGCCCGUUCCUCAGUCUGACUCCGAUGCUCAUGGGAAGAGAGCAAAGGCCACUGGCAUGCGAGGGAAAAAAACACCAGCGGUUAUUGAGGCUUUUCCAAGAUCAGGCUCAGGGAAAAGCAGGACAGGGAGCCAAAGUGGAGUGGGAAUGGGGAAUGUCUCUUCUACUCGUACACCUUCCUCUAGCACCCGCUCAGCACCAGCAAAAUCUUCACCCAAUCCAGGCUCCAAGUCUCCCUCUGUUAGUGAAGUCAGCGUGUACGUGGACCUGGCCUAUAUUCCCUCUGCAGCCUCCUCUGCAACAGUCAACGUGGACUUCUUCAGAUGCGUUCGCUCCUCCUGUUACAUCAUCAGCGGCGACCGCCCAGAGAGAGAAGAGCUAAUGAGGCAUACACUGGACGCACUACUGGAUGGCAAGAUAUCCUGGCCUGACACUAUGCAGGUGACAGUGAUCCCUACCUUUGAGUCGGUACCGAUGCAGGAGUGGUACCAGCAGACCCUGGACAGACAAAGGGAGAUGGGCAUCACCGUGCUGGGAUCCAACAGUACCGUCGCCAUGCAGGACGAAACCUUUCCUGCCUGCAAGAUAGAGUUUUGAGGCAGACUUCGGGAUGCAGCAAUGGAGGACGGAGGGUGAAGAUAGGCUGAAAGAUGGCAAUGUGUAUGUGAUAAAAAAAAAGAGCCAGGGCUUAAAGUGUGACAGAAAUAUAAAGUUAGAAAGAAAGAUUAUGGGGAAAUAAAGGGACUAUAUGGCCCCUUUCCGCAUGAAAACAACUGAGUGGGUAAUGACAUGGGACGUUCACCCAUCCCCUCCUGCUUAAUCACUUCUUUGUUGGCUACUUUUGCUCCAAAAGCCCUUGUUUCUCUUUAUCCAAAGAGAACACACAUUCCGGUGAGAGUAUUGCAUGCAUUUUUAGACCCAUGACCCUGUGCAAUACAGGAGAGGAGAUCACACUGGUUGCAAGAAAAGCAUGUCGGGCAGCAAACAUGUGGAUGCACAUGAAAGCUGAUGUUGUAGAUUAGUCAGUAUAGUUAGUAUAUGUGGGAUUAAAGGCACUAUGUGUAGGCUUGUUUUCUUAACACAGCACUGAGGCAUGAUAGUCUGUGCUAUGAUUAAGGGCCCAUUUUGCUGCUUCUAAUUGCAACAUUUAACAGUAGAAAUGAAAAAGGAAUCCAGAGAUUAUUCCGCAAAUACUACUCCAGAUACUCCCAAAAUGCAAGAUUGUGUGUUUAUGAAAGCAUUGGUCGCUUUGCAUUCUGUUUCCUAAAAUUAUAUUUGCGUGAUUAGCACAGAAAAUGUCAAUAUCAUAAAAAGAGAGUCUUUCAAUGAACUCACAUUCACAGUGAGUGGUCAGGUGUUUGGUGUGAACGGUGUAAGCAGACAUGAGGUGAGCUGUGUGUGUGUGUAUGUGUUGUAAAAGUAUCAUGCCACUGUGGCUUCACUGACCUUGAAAUCUCUGCAGAGCAAACUGACCUGUGACGUAUCUGAUGUUAGUGAGUGAUAAUUGCCUGCUGAUUGUGAGAUUACUGUAUCUGAGUGUGUAAAGAAAAAUCUGUCAGCAGGGAUUAGAGUGCCAGAUUAAAUGUAAUAGCAUUACAGCAAUCAUUUUAGUAAUUACAUGCUAAUCAGAUAUCAGACAGCAAAUGCAUUGGUAGAAAUAGAUGUUAACAUCUUAUUAUUAAAAAAACCCCACAUUAAAUCAAAGUGAUGACAUGCAUUUUGAUUGUGGAUAUGAUGCAUAUGAUUAUAUAGUUAAUUGGAGAAAUAUAUUUUGCACAUUAUAAAAUCAUGUUUAGUAACAGUGGGUGGUAAUGACAGCUUUCCAAGUUAUGGUUUGUAAAUCGCGCUACUCAAUAACUGUAACUAAAUUGUACACAGUAACAUUUUAAUUUAUGCGACCAAAAUGUCAGCAUAAUUUCCCAAUAAUAAAUUACUAAUAAAUCAACAUUUACUCUGGUUUAAAUUGAGCAGUUCCUUCUGCAAAUAUACAACUGCUUCCACUCUCAACACAACUAAACUAACCCCACUCUAUUUUCCCUGGUAUUAAAGUUCAAUGCACUUUUCCAAGACUUCCCAGGAAAUUACAGAUCACAGUAAUUUAAAGCACUUUGUACCAUAGCAAAGCAAUUGACAAUAUGUAAUUUAAUGGAUUUCAUCAUGAUCUCUCCAGACCUAUCUGUCCAUUGUUUUCCUUUUUGUUUCCUUUUGUCCCAGUCUGGAUGUCAAGGAAUGGAUGUCCUAUUCUGGCAAGAUAUAACUACUGUAAAUCAUGACUGAUUAUCCGUGUUGCUGUUUUGCCUUUAAAUGGAUUAGUUUGCAGAAAUGAGAAUGUGGCAUAUAGAGUUUCCUAAAUGCCAAAGCAUGCAAUCACAUCUGACCAGUUUCCCCUCUGUCUGAAUGCCUAUAUACAGAAAAAAAUGUCAUUUUGAUUCAGCAUUGCUAAAUACUAAAAGCUAUUUUGUAAUUAUAUAUAUGCAAUGUUAAAUAUAAACUGUUAAACAGUUAUCACAGACUUGUACUAUCCUUGUUUUAUUUUGUGCAAUCAUCUUAAUUAAUUUAAUAACUUUUAACUACUAAGUCCCCCACCCCCACGCACACACACACACCCCUCCAAUGUUUUACACACUUUUGUCUUUUUUUUUGUAAAAGGCUGUCAGAUCUCAUGAUUCAUUUGGAUUGGAGGGUUGACCUAGUUCUGUAAUCAUGGAUAUAGCAACUACUUGAACCCCACAGUAGCAAAGUGAAUUGUAACUAUGUGUAUGUGUCCCGCAUGUAUAAAAUGCUGUAUGUAGGCCUACUGUAUGUUGUUUCAUUCAUGAUAUUCAUGAAGACAGAGAGCAAAGGCUGUGGGAAAUUGGAGGCAGUGUGGGAUGGUGGAAUGAACACUGAUGAACCUUUCGCUUAGUUGUUGUCUGUAAGUACGUACAGUGACAAAAUGUGUGGGUUGUUGAGCCAUGAUCAAUGUAUGAAUAAAGAAUGUGCAUCAUCA